UUAACCUUGUUUAGAAAAAGAAAUCAUGAUGAGAUCAGAUGGUGACGUCCUGAUUUCCAAGGAUGGCACCACCCGCUCUUUUAAAGUAACACCCCUCCAACCUUCAACCACAACCUUCAUCAUAAAUUAGUUAGCUGAGUGAGUAAGAAAGGACAAGAGAUGUGCAUCACAUUGUAUAUUUUUCUAUUCCUGUCAUUUAACUGUAUAUCUGCAGCUUCAAUCCUUAGAUCAGGUACCUGUCAGCUCCAAGGACGCUUCAAAUUGAAUGGAAUGUACCAGGAUGGAGAUGUUAUACUUGGAGGCCUGUUUAUGGUUCAUGUUUUCACAGUGUUCCCAGAUCUGAGCUUCAAAACAAAACCAGAACCACCACACUGUGAAAAAUUUGAUAUGGAAAGCUUCCAGCAGGCUCAGGCCAUGGCUUUUGCAAUAAAUGAGAUAAAUAAGAAUCCCAGUCUGCUGCCUAACAUCACUCUUGGUUACCAUCUUUAUGACAACUGUGUGAGGCUAGGAAUGGCAUUCUGGGCUGCCAUAUCCCUGGCUAGUGGGACAGAUGAGUCCUUCUCAAACCUAAACUGCACUGGCCAUCCUCCGGUGAUUGGGAUUGUCGGGGAUCCUAGUUCAACUCCUUCCAUUGCGAUUUCCAGUGUUCUGGGACUGUUUCGAGUACCUAUAGUUAGUUACUAUGCCACCUGCUCCUGUUUAAGUGACAGGAAAAAGUACCCCUCUUUCUUCAGAACUAUCCCCAGUGAUGCCUUCCAGGUGCGGGCUAUGGUUCAGAACUUGAGGUAUUUUGGAUGGACCUGGGUUGGUCUUGUCUACAGUGAUGAUGACUAUGGCAUCUACGCUGCUCAGUCCUUCCAGCAGGAAAUGCAGCUGUUUGGAUAUUGUUUUGCUUUUUCUGAAAUCCUGCCCCAUGAUAACAACCACAGAGAUAUUCAGCGAAUAAUGGGAGUAAUUCAGGCUUCUACAGCUAGAGUGGUUGUUGUUUUUUCUACAUCAUCCUUUCUGUUGCCUUUGAUGGAUGAGGUGGUGUUGCAGAACAUGACAGGCAGGCAGUGGAUUGCAAGUGAAGCUUGGGCCACCGCACCUGUAUACCACACUCCACGUUUCCUGCCCUUUCUUAGGGGCACACUGGGCAUUGCCGUUAGGCGUGGAGAAAUUCAGGGGCUUCAUGACUUUCUGCUACAUCUUUGUCCCAGCAAUGAUCCAAGAAAUAAUAUUUUGAGGAUAUUCUGGGAGAACAUGUUUGGGUGCAGUUUUGAAACGGGGGAUAAACAGACAGAUGGAGAGCAAGUGAAAAAGGUGUGUACAGGACAGGAGGAUCUGAGCACCACAAACACACCAUACACUGAUGUUUCAGGUUUGAGGGCAGCGUAUAAUGUCUAUAAGGCAGUUUAUGCCCUGGCACAUGCGCUUCAUGACUUGAUGCAGUGUGAAGAGGGUAGAGGACCAUUCAGUGGGAACAGCUGUGCUGACAUAAUCAACCUGAAACCCUGGCAGCUAGUUCACUAUCUACAGAAAGUGAACUUCACAACAGGUUUUGGGGAUCAUGUGUCAUUUGAUAAGAAUGGAGAUGCUCUGGCCAUCUAUGAUGUGUUAAACUGGCAGCCGAGCUCUGAUGGGUCAAUAAGUAUCUACACAGUCGGUGUAGUAAAUGAAGGGGUGGCAACGGGGACGGAGCUCACACUGGAUGAAGAAGCAAUUUACUGGAACUUUGAGACAAAAAAGCCCCCACGGUCUGUGUGUAGUGAGAGCUGCCCCCCAGGAACCAGACGAGCCACAAGGAAGGGCCUUCCUGUCUGCUGUUUUGACUGCCUGUCAUGUGGAGAUGGAGAAAUUUCUAAUAUAACAGAUCCUAUUGAGUGCACAGUGUGUCCAGAUGAGUUCUGGUCCAAUAAAGAUAAAGAUCAGUGUGUCCCUAAAGAUGUAGAGUUUCUAUCCUAUGAGGAUCCUCUGGGAAUCUCUCUGACCACUGCUUCCCUGCUUGGCACCUGCUUCUGCGCUGUUGUGAUGGUCAUCUUUGUUCGUCACCAUAACACUCCAAUAGUACGCGCCAACAAUUCAGAGCUCAGCUUCCUACUUCUGGUGUCACUCAAACUGUGUUUCCUAUGUGUACUACUUUUCAUUGGUCAGCCGCAGCUGUGGACGUGUCAGUUAAGACAUGCUGUGUUUGGCAUAAGCUUUGUCCUGUGCAUCUCCAGCAUCCUUGUCAAGACUAUGGUGGUAAUAGCUGUGUUCAAGUCAUCUCGGCCAGAGGGCAAAGGAGCAAUGAAAUGGUUUGGAGCAGUUCAACAAAGAUUCACAGUUCUGGUCCUAACAGCCCUCCAGGUUGUGAUAUGUGCAGUCUGGCUAUCAACUGCCUCUCCAACACCCCAUAAAAACAACCAGUAUAUCCGCUCUAAAAUAGUAUAUGAAUGUGCUAUUGGCUCAGUGGCUGGUUUUUCUAUGCUGCUGGGAUACAUUGGACUGUUGGCAGCAGUAAGUUUCCUUUUAGCCUUUCUGGUGAGAAAUCUUCCAGAUAAUUUUAAUGAAGCAAAGUUCAUCACUUUCAGUAUGUUGAUCUUCUGUGCUGUGUGGAUUGCGUUUGUUCCAGCAUAUGUGAGCUCACCAGGGAAAUAUGCAGUGGCUGUGGAGAUAUUUGCCAUUUUAGCUUCCAGUUUUGGAUUACUGGUGGCCAUAUUCGCCCCAAAGUGCUACAUCAUCCUUUUACAUCCAGAGAGAAACACUAGACAUGCCAUAAUGGGAAGAGAAACACAAAAAAAAUAGUUUUACAUGCUGCCUGCAUAUCUUUGGUAUUAUCAUAUCAUAUUCUAUGCUUGUAGAUAUAGGUUAUUAUGAGUGUUCCUAAUGCAUGUAAUUGAAAGACUUCCAGUACAUGCAGGUGGCUCAUACAAUGCCUGUUUUGCGUAUUUUAUUGACACGUAAUAUAAUGACUAAAGUUGUUGAUUUACUCGAGAAAAAAAAAUAAAGUAACAGUAAAGGGGGAAAAAAUACACAUUUAUGCUUCUUCUAGUUUAAUUGCCUGGGUAUUAAUGAUGAAGUGGCCCAUAUUUUGUAAUGAUGAAAUGGCCCAGUUGUUACAUAUUUUUAAUCUGCACUAUUAACACUAAAUUGUAAAGAUGUAUUUUAUCAGAUCUGGAUAUGGAUAAUGGAUCUUUCAAAAAUGGCACGGAAGAUCAGCAUCUCUCUGGUGACAUAUGCAGGACUUCGGGCCAUUUCUGGCGAAACAAUGACAUUUCUUCCAAAUGACUACAUGCUCACAUUUGAUCCAUCCAAUCAAUAACGGAUGGAUAAAACCAAGUCCCCAUCUCACAGUGUCCCCAAACACACCUUCAAUAAAUCCAAGCAGCACAUUGAAAAUAAAUAUACUGAAAAAUAAAUAGAAAAAUAUAUAAAAGCACACACACAAAGCAAUAAAUACAAAAAUAAAAUACAAAAAUAUAUAAAAGCAUACAAAAUUAUAUCAAAUUAAAUUUAAAUUAAACUAAAAUGUUAAUUCAUACCUGGGACUGUUUUGAGUACCUAUAGUAAGAUGGGAUGAUAAAAAUUAGAUGGGAUGGUAAAAAUUCAUAUUCAUGUUAAUUCAUUUUUUCAUGUUAAUUCACUUCCAUUGAUUUAAGGAUUGAACAUUAAGGAUAUUAAUGUUAAUUAUAAGGAUAACAUUUUCCCCAAAAAAAUUUAAAUGCCGCAAAACUUGGAGCAGCUUUAAAGGGUAAAUAAAGCACACAGUUUCUGCCAAUCUCAUGUCAAUCUUAAGUACCUAUAGAGUACUAUUGCAUCCUUCAU